CACAAGAACGGGAUUCAGAAUAACAAUGGUAACGAUGAGGAUGGUGAAGGUGGCAGGUGAUGAUCAGGUUCACAUGGACAAACUGACAAACCAGAAGCUCAUGUGGAAUGAUGAGUUCUGGCAGAAUCCAUGGGACCAGGGAGGCCUGGCAGUGAUCAGCUUAUUCAUCACCAUGAUCCUGUUUCUCAUUGUGUUCGCCAUUAUAUUUGGUUUACUCCCUCCACUUAAGAAGGUCAACCGGUGUGAAGAGUCGUGACCUGACUUUCUGGGGGCCAAGAAGGGGCCCACCUGUUAACUCUCAAAACACCAUGUACCUUUUCUUCAAAGCCCUUUUAAGAGUCUGCAAUUAUAGGGGCGCCUGGGUGGCUCAGUCGGUUAAGCGACUGCC